AUGUAUGACCAGAUCAACAACGAUGGGAACGGCCUGAAGGGUCCUAAGGAUGUCACCGGUGUUCUGUUGAAGUUGCAGUACCUCAUGCGACUCUGCUUUUUGAAGGAAGCCCAUGUGCGCAUGAACGCAGCUAGUUCACAAGACCUCGAACUUGCUGAGCACGUAAAAGCGCAAAAGCAGUGGUUCUUUGCAGUGGCUGACUCUCCCUUCACGUCCAUAAAAGAGUACCAGCAACGUGCUUCUAGACUCGUCUUCUCCAUGCCGGGGAUACGGCAUUUCAUAUGGAAGGCUGACACCACGUCGCCCACUCUCGUCUUGCCAGAUGGGGAGCUGUCGUUGCAGGCGCUCUCAGGCUGUCUAACCGCUAUACAAGGUCGCGCUCGCACUCUCCUGACUGAGAGGCUUCUUUUCGGCCAUCCAUUCCUUAUUGACCUUGAGUCCUUGAAAAACGACUGGACCAACGAAACAGCGGGAUACUCGCUGUUCAGCGAUCCGCGGAAUCAAGCCUGUUUUGGUCCCUCUGAUGCUCUCGCACGUCACAUCUAUGGGAUGUCCGCCUUGCGGAACAGAUUCAUAGCAUCUUCAGGCCAAGCGAAGCUUCUAUGA